GAUUUUCCCAGAGCUGCUGUGUGUACGCGUAAAGUUAUUAUUAUAGUUAUUAGUUCAUAUUGUAAUGAACUGCCGAACGAUAUCAAAUUAUCAAUCUGCCUUCGUCGUUCGUCGAUUUAAUGAAUAAUAAUAAAUAAUUAUAUAAUAAUAUUCAUAACAAUUCGUCAUUUUUCGACAGUGCCAUCGUCGAAUUGAAAUUUCCCGCCUCCGAAAACAGUUUACUUACGACGUUCGCGUACUGGAAAAUUGGUGGACUCGUCGUCGGCCAGCUAGCUAGUCUCCGUGAGGUUAUGCAACAGACGACCGACGUGUAAUCCGUCUUCAACUGCUAAAUAAUCGAUCGUGACCGUCACCAUGUCUAAGACGUCCGGUUCGGCCGCGUCCGGCUCGUCAUCAUCGUCGUCUCAACAACAAACGUCUGGAGUCGCCGCUGUUCCGGCCGAAGACAAUUUUGACUUUCUGUUCAAAAUCGUACUUAUCGGCGACUGUGGCACCGGCAAAACAUGUGUCGUUCAGCGGUUCAAGAGUGGAACGUACGCCGAGAACCAGGGCAACACCAUUGGUGUUGAUUUUUCUAUGAAAACCAUCAAAAUCGAUGGCAAAAAAGUUAAGCUUCAAAUAUGGGACACGGCCGGACACGAGAGGUUUCGUACAAUCACACAGAGUUAUUAUCGUUCUGCUAAUGGGGUCCUACUAGUGUACGACAUUACAAAACGUGCUACUUUCUUGAAUUUACAGAGAUGGGUUGAAGAAGUACGUCGAUAUACUUCGUCUAAUGUUUUACUUGUUUUGAUUGGUAACAAAUGUGACCUGGAGGAGAACCGCCAGGUAGAGUUGUCUGAAGCAGACGCCAUGUGUGAAUACUUUCCAGAAUUAUUGUCUGUUCUGGAAACGUCAGCUAAGGAAAAUAAAAAUAUUGAAGAAGCAUUUGUCACAAUUGCCUCUGAACUUAAAAGACGUCAUGACCAAAGUGCUCAUAUUGAAGAUGAACCUAAUCCUGUCAUCAACUUAAGUGAAGGCGAGAAUGUUCAAAAAUGUAAAGGCUGUACAUUGUUAUAAUCUAACAUUGCAACAUGGUACAGUAGAACAAAUCAAUAUUUGAUCAUUGUUAUUCUAAAAUCCGAUGACGAACAUGUAUAAUUAAUUAAUUAUGCGUUCAUAAUCCUAUGGUAACACACUUGUUUAAUAUGAAACAUUUAAAGUUUUAUUUAGAUUGUAUUUGAAAAAAAAUUAAUAAAAUUAUGAGGAUAGAGAUAUACUAUCCCAGAAUUUUUGUACACGUUUAUGAUCCGCGUUAAUACUGUAUUUAAUUUUAUCUUUCGUAACUUGCAAUAACUAUUUAUGUACUUGAACCUCACUUUGUUAAUCAUUCAAUCAUGUACUAUAAUAUAAUAUUAAAUAAGAUUCUCAAAUAGUUUUAUGGGGGACCAUAUUUUUUUUUUCAAGUAUCUCCCCACGUGGUCCACAAGUAUAUUUUACUGAAAUUAUUUUUAUCAGUAUAGAAUAUUAUAUUAUAGAGUAUCAAUGAGAUGGUUUUUAUUAGCUGUUAUCAUAUUUUACGAUAUUGUAUACAUGAUAUUAUUCGACAUUUAUUGUAUCCCUAUUGAUAUUCUAUAAAUAGGUAUAUGUCCAUAUCGAGAAUUUUAGAAAUUUUUAUUUUUCUUCUGUCUAAUAUCAUUUCACAAGUGAUGAUUUGAGUUGAUUUCAUUUAUUAUAUAACAUGUUUUUUCUUCAUAAAUUUAGUUAAAUACGUAUAUAUAUAUUUGUGUGAUAAUUGAUUAUAUGUGUAUAUAUACAUAUAAGAGUAUGCAUACAUUUGUGUAACAUUAUUACCAUCUUUUAUAAAAGCACCUCUAAUAAUAUGGUGAAGGUAUUUAAAUAUUAUAUAAUUAUUUUUUUUAUUAUUAUUAUGUGUAGUGAGAGUAGGGAAAUAUCAAUUCUAUUAUAAUAUUAUACUUAAUACUAAUAACUAGUCACGUGAAAAAAUGUAUGAAAUAUUUAAUUGUAGCAGUUCCUUUCAUUGGUUAACAAUUGUUUAUGAUGAUGAUAAUUUCCCCCUAUAAAAAAUUGUGAUUUUUAAUGUUUUAUGUGAGAUGUGUGGUGGAAAAUUAUAUGUACUAUAUGUAUCUAAAAGAAAUUAUUAUUGUUUAACUUUUUCAACUUUAUAGAUGUUUUAUUAUAGGUAUCUAGCUAUUUUUAAUUUUAAAAUAUUUAUGUUUUUUUUUCUUAAGAAUUAUUUCAAAUUUUUAUUUUUAUUAUUUUAUUUUUAUUUUAUUACUUUUUUUUUUUUACUUAUGUCUAUAUCAGUUGUAUACCUGUAAUAAUUAUGUAUGCUGUUAUGUUUUACUUGUACGGAAUUGAUGGCUACCAAUAAUCAUAAUUUGGAGAUCAAAAAACAGACUUCAAAAUGGGGCUUGAGGUGGGAAAUUACAUAAUAUUUAUAAUAAUUGUCUUUUUGCAUUAAUAUUACAAUAUUUAAUAUAUUGUAUGACUAACAAUAAAGUAUUUUUUUUAUUAUUAAA